AUGGCCGAUGCACGACGGACAUCUGGGCGACUUCGAACGUCGACGGAUCGAGAGCGAGACAACAAUUUGACCGAGCAUUAUGGGGGACGAAAUAUGGGGGCAACAAGCACUGUGGCUGGACAAGUUUCGACUGGUGAUGGUCUAGCCAGAUUCCUGGAUCAAAUUCGUGCAGACAGCAGCUCACCAUCGCUGCCUGAAGUCAUUGAUGUUGAUGCGAUCCCAGAUGAUGUGGCCGUGCGCAGCAUAGCCCAACGAAACGAUAGGGACGGUCCGCGUGAACUUGAGAGAGUCAAAACGAAUGGGAAGGUCUGCAUAGCUGAGCUCGAGGCCCAGAUUAGAAUUGCUCUCAUGAGUUUGGGGAUUUCCGGAGAGGAGAUUGCACGAUCCAAUACAUUGGAGAUCAAUGAAACGCCACAAGCCCCAAGUUCACACGAUUCCACAACAAGCGAGCUGCAUCCUUGGCCAGUUCCUGCUAUCACCGUGACUUCUCCAUCGUCUGGUCUCGAGAGUGUUCCACAGAGCUCUGGAAUAGGACUGCCUCGUCCAUUGGCUGGAAACGUCAAUGCCCCCGAGGCUGUCCUGCCUACAUCUCACUCCAACAACCUAUCCCACUCUGCUGAGAUGGUCGGGCCCAGCAUCUCAGAGGACCACACCGCUCAUCAUAGCAACGAACCCACGCCUGACGAUUUCCUCGCUUCCCUAUUCAACUCGAACCCCCAACAGGCGCUUGUUCUAGUCGGUGUCAAGGACGGGGCCAUCGUACACCAACCCUUUGUGCGCCUAUAUCUUCCUCCAUCAUUCUCGCUGUACACCCUUCUGGAGACACUAUUGAAUGAGGGUGGCGAAACGGCUUCUAUGCUACGGCGACUGAAGGCGACAGAGGCUCGCGUGUCCACGUCUCUCACCUUGCUGAGUAUCUCGGAUGCGAGGCACAGCGACUGGGAGUUGGGGUACUCCGAGCGUGGCCUACUCUGUGAUGCAUGCAAUUUAUAUUCUCCAGUCGGGGCAGGCCUGGUGGCUGCUGUGACGGAUUCUUUUGAGCGAGCCUCAAUAGUCGAGCGACAAUCCUUGCCCCAAAGCACGCCAUGCUAUGUGGUGUAUGUGUACGGUGAUAUACCGUAUGGUCAAGCGGAGGUCGAACAAUCUGGCCAUACUCAAACUCAAACAUCGCGAGUUAGGAGUCCAUCUGUAGCGGUAACCGCUACAUCGCCAGAAGCAACAACCAACGUCAUAUCAUCCACCAACUCGACCCUGGCGAUAGAUGAGAGAAACCGCUCGCCCUUGCUGAAACCAAUAUCUCCCGCCAUCAAAACAUAUCUUGAUCGGUACCAUGGCCUCAUGGGUCAGAGGAUACUCAACAUCAAACAGGGGCGUUAUGGAACGGCAUAUACGCAUAUGAUGGUCGUGCAGUCGGCGUUGAAUGUGUGGGAUGGAGUCGGGAUCAGUCUGAGGACGGCGCCCAAGUCGGUGACAAAGAGUCUUGGAGGAGGUGAUGUUGUGGUGAUAUCCCCUGACGAUAUAUCUUCCUGGGUAGGGUGUGUGCACGGGACUUUCAGGCAGCACAAGGCGAUGUAUGACCAGGCAAACCGCCUCUGGCAACGUCUUGUUGGUUCUCGAGGGCAGAAUAGUCCAGCCCCAAACGUGACUGUUGAACGCACCUUUCAGAUUCUGAAUCUCAUUUUCAGUUCUCCCAAUUCCUCGUUGAUCGUCUCAAAUGUUGCUGGGCCAUCUGCAGCAUACGACUUGAUCAACAUGACAUGGGAAAAGUUCAAGAAAACUAUAAGGAAUGUCGGCAAGGAUGCAUAA